AAAAACUCUGGUUUUUGAAACCCCAAAGAAGAAGAAAAAUGGGGAUUUCAAAGGAAGAGAAAUCGAGAAGAAUUCUGAGAGUUUUUAAAACAGUAUUCUUCUUGAUAACUAUGGUGAUUUCGUUCCUUGUGUUCUCUGCUCCUGUUUUCUUUGUUAUCGCCGAUACCCUUUUGCCUUCUGCUUUGCUCUCUGCUUCACUUUCUCCUUCGUCUUCUUCUUCUUUGUUUGAAACACUUUCUUCCCGUUUCAACAACUACGAUUUCAGAUCUUCUCUCGUCGAUAUCCCUCUCAUCUCCAUCGUUAGGUCAGCUGUUAUAAUCUGUGUUUAUAGCUUUUGCGACGGGCCAAGACUUUCAAGGGGACCAUACCUUGGAAUUACGAUGAUAUGUUCGGUUUCGUCGUUGAUUCUCGUCUCGUUGAAAGCUUCGUUCAUGUUCGGUUCAUUUACUGCUAUUGAAACUGCUCUUUUUAUUUGUUCAUUUGCCUUUGCGAUUGCGCAUAUAGUUGUGGCUUAUAGAACAAGUUGCAGAGAAAGAAGGAAACUCCUUGUUUACAAAAUCGACAUUGAAGCCAUCUCAGCUUGUAAGAAUGGGUUCCCAAGGUACCAGAAGAUUCCCCAAGAAGAAAGAGUGAAAAUUUAGCCUUUCUUUCCUCCCCUUUUGGCUGAUCACUUGAUUCUUCCAUGCCCCCAUAAACGGAUCAGUUGUCUGGCAAUGGAAGCAGCAUAUAUAUAUAUAUAAACUUGUAUAGCUGGUGAUUUAGUAUCACUUGGUAGAGGGUAGAUUUCGAGGAUAGAUUCAGCAUUCUUUCAUGAUUUUGAGUGUACAGUUUGUAUUGUACAUAGAUAUAUUUUUAAGAAAGAAGGAAUAGGCCUAA